AUGAACUUCGGCUUUCUUGCCCGCAACCCGAUCCCGAUCAUCCGGCCCGCUGGGGUUUGCGAUGAGGAGCGAUCCGAACGUGGUAUUCGGGUGAUCAGAUCACUACCGCCGAAGCGCAAGCGCUUGGAGCAAGGGAACUGCCACCGAGGCCGCUGCGGGGCACCCGGCGGCACGGUUCGCUCAUCAUUUUUGGUACUUGUUUCAGACUUUUUCCAGGUCAUCGCGCGGGACCCCAAGGCAAAGUGCGCCAACGGCUCUGGCUGCAAAUACAUCCACGACGGCACCGGCGCCACGCCAACGCCAACGCCCGCCGACCCUCUCGCGGAUCGCAUCGCCGCCGCUAAGGCGGCGAUCGCGCCGGGCACGCCGCCGUCGCUCGGCAAGCGCGCCAAGCCGCCGACCCCCAACUCAAGCGACGACCUCUAA